GUGCACUGCCGAGACCGAAUUCAAAUAGAAGGUGGAGCCAAAAUCCGGAGUAUCUGGACUCUAAUGCUUGGAGCUGGCCGGCUAAAACUAUUUUUGCUGGCGGACAGUUUGAGGUUCCUGGCAGCAAUGGGGGGUAGUAAUAGUAUUAGAAGAAAUAGAUAGAUAGAUAGAUAGAUUGAUGCUUGGGAACAAAUGGCGGCUGAUAACCCUAUCAACUCAUCUUCUUCUUCUAUCGACCCAAUUAGCGGAUUCUGCUCAGAAACAGGAAUCUACCACAGCCUCCGACCUGCCGUGCCUCUCCCUCCUCUAACGGCCCCUCUCUCCGUCACAGAAUACGUUUUUCAACUUCUUGACCGGAUUAUUCCCUCCUCCUCCUCCCCCCACCAAGCUCUGAUCGAUUCCACCACGCGCAGGAGCAUUCCGUAUCCGGAACUCGUCCGCCGAUCCAACGCUCUUGCCAAUUUCAUCCAGCAAAGAAUUGGACUCCGCAGAGGCGAUGUGGCUCUCAUUCUCUCUUCCAACUCCGUCUAUGUGCCGAUUCUCUAUCUCUCCCUCUUCUCCUGUGGAGUCAUCGUCUCUCCUUCGAAUCCUAUCAACUCGAAAUCCGAGAUUUCCUACCAAAUACAGCUAUGCAAGCCGGCUAUAGCCUUUGCCUCCUCUGAUUCGGCUUUCAAGGUGCCGCCGCUUCCACUCGGCACACUUCUCCUCGACACACUCGAGUUUGACUCCAUGAUGACGGGUGAAACAGAUGCUUCGAGUUUCCGUCCUUUAUUGAAGAUUUCUCAGUCCGAUACGGCAGCUAUUCUCUACUCGUCCGGAACGACGGGGAGAGUAAAGGGCGUCGAAUUGACUCAUCGGAACUUUAUAUCAGUGUUAGACGGAAUGUAUAACUCUCGGGCAUCGAGGAACUCGCCGGCGGUGAAUAUGAUAGCCGUGCCGUAUUUUCACGUAUACGGAUUUGUUCAGUGUUUGAGAGCUGUGGCAUUUGGGGAGACGUUGGUAACAGCAGGAGGAAGGUUUGAUUUGCGGAAAAUGGUAAUGGCGAUCAAGGAAUUCAAGGUAACCCACUUGGCGACGGUUCCGGCGAUCUUAGUUGCUUUGACAAAGAAGGUUGAUGAUGUUAGUAGCUUCGAUAUGAGGUCUCUGGAGGUGGUGACCUGCGGCGGAGCUCCGGUUCCUGGGUCGGUAAUAGAAAUGUUCAAAGCACAGUUUCCGUCAGUCCAGGUGUCACAGGGGUAUGGAUUGACUGAGUCGACAGCUGGAGUGAUUAGGGCCGUGGGGGCAGAAGAAAGCGGAAGGUUGGGUUCAUCGGGGAAGCUUAUGCCUUUCUUCGAAGCAAAGAUUGUGGAUCCUGAAACAGGCACCAACAACAGACGAGGGGAACUCUGGCUGAGAGGGCCCUCUAUAAUGAAAGGUUAUGUGGGUGAUGUAGAAGCAACAGCUGUAGCGUUAGAUUCAGAUGGAUGGUUGAGAACAGGAGAUCUAUGCUAUUUCGACAGUGAAGGGUUCCUAUAUGUUACAGAUCGUCUCAAAGAAUUGAUCAAAUACAAGGGCUACCAGGUUGCCCCUGCAGAGCUUGAGAAUGUGCUUCAAUCCCACCCAGACAUACUUGAUGCCGCUGUUAUACCAUACCCGGACGAAGAAGCAGGACAAAUACCCAUGGCGUUUGUAGUGAAACGACCUGGGAGGUGUGUCCUCGAAACAGAUGUUAAGAAUUUCAUCAGCAGACAGGUUGCUCCAUACAAGAAGGUAAGACGGGUGCAGUUUAUUGCCCAACUUCCAAAAAAUGCUUCGGGCAAGGUGUUAAGAAGGGAACUAAUCAAGCUUGCACUAUCCGUCACUUCUUCAAAGCUAUAGUACAACAACAAUAACAAGUCUCUAAUGAAACUUGCUAAACCAUUGUUCUAUGUCAGUCUGUCAGUUAUAAGCACCAUUUAUUAAUCAAUGCUGCAUUUGGUUUAUUAAAAGCAUUCAUCUCCUCUUCAAUUUAUUUUCAAAUUUCUCAAGAAUUUGCAACAUUUAUUCAGCAUCUGCUUUGACU